UGGGGCCCCCAGGCAAUAGGGGAUCAUGGGGCCCCUGUGUCCUUGCCCAAACUCCAAAAAGCCUAUGAAAAAGGUACCAGGGGCAUCUCAUGGGGCCCCCUACUGACCGGGAAUUUUUUUCCAGGAAUCUGGAAGAAGACAAGGCAUCAAAACAUGCUGCAUCUAUACCAGGGGCGGACUGACAACUCAUGGGGCCCCUGGGCAAUAGGGGAUCAUGGGGCCCCUGUGUCCUGGCCCACACUCAAACCACACCCAAAAAAGUCUGUGAAAGGUACCAGGGACAUCUCAUGGGGCCCCCUACUGACCCCGGGCCCUCGGGCAGUGCCCAAGUUCCCCAAUGGUCAGUCCGCCCCU